UCCAGCUCCAGGCCGAAGGGGGAGGAACCGAAAGCGGCCGCGUCACGGGGGCGGCGGGGGGUGGCGAGCAGAGAAAACGGAAUCGCAGCGGCUGGUGCUGGGGGGGAAGGAGCAGCCGCCGAGGGGGGGGCGCGGUAACGUGGAAGCGGACACGCAUCGCGGUCGGCCCGUCGCAUUUUUUUUACGGCUCGAAUCGGGCUGCCUGGGGAGACAAGAGCGACUGGAGGCAGAGAAAAGGCAAAAAAACAUAAAACAUAAAACGAGGAAAGAGCGAGGAUGUGGGUCCCCGCGGGAAGAUAAUGAAGAGGCUGAGCGUGUUGUUGCCGUGCCUGAUAUUAGUGCUCCUGUGCGGGUACGCCGGUCAUCAUGUCCACUGCUCAGAAGAGACUCCUGGUGGCUCAGUACUACCUGCGCCGGAUCGUAUCCCUGAGGAGAAGCUGGAGAAGGUCUCUGAUGACCAGCAGGGUGAGGAGGAGUGGCCCAGCUACAUCGAGUCGUCAUACGACGUGGGGCUGGAGACGGAGAGGACUUCACUGGAGAUGUCAAGACGAGGGGACGUGGAGAGAGAUCAGACUGUGAAAACGAAGGAGCCAGACACGCUGACCGAACCGGGCCCGGCGAGCGACGCCGAGCCGGCACCAGAACCCGAGCUCCAGCUGGCGCCCGAGCCGGCCCCCCAAGGAGACUCGGCUCCUGCCACCAGUGCCGUUUCCGCUGAUGCACCUGCGGACCCCCACGGGGCCCCCGAGGACGUUGCAGCCACGCCUACCUCACAAGUGACCCCCGCCUCGCCAUCGAGUUCGAUAGAGGUUCCCAGUGCCGAUUGCCCUGUAGGCGGCUCGGUUGACGCCGAGCCGCCGGCCACCGACUGUGAGGUCACAGCGCCCCCUGUGGCGCACCUCCCCAGCGCCCCUCCUGCCUUUGACGGCCCGCUCGCCAGCCUGGACGUGGAUUACAUAGACAACGCCUCCAGUGCCCUGGGCCCGGAGAGUGGGACCAGGCAGCCCCUGGACUUCCUCCCGGAUGCAGAGCAGGCUCUGCCGGAGCUGGACCAGGGUGGGGACACCUCCCACGAGCUCGAGGAGGAGGAGCAGGAGCAGGCUGCAGAUGUCCCUGUGGCCAAGGAGACAGACCCCUCUGUGCCAGGCAAGGAGGACAUCCCCACCUUUGAUGAGUGGAAGAAGAAGGUGAUGGAGGUUGAGAAGGAGAAGAGUCAGUCUCUGCACACCACCUCCAACGGGGGUCCCCACUCGGUGAAGAAGGUUCAGAAAAACUUCAAAAAUAACUACGCCUCUGUGGAGUGUGGGGCCAAGAUCCUGUCGGCAAACACAGAGGCCAAGAGUACCUCCGCAAUCUUGAUGGAGAACAUGGAUUUAUACAUGUUAAACCCGUGUAGCACCAAGAUCUGGUUCGUCAUAGAGCUCUGCGAACCGAUCCAAGUGAAGCAGUUGGACAUCGCCAACUUCGAGCUGUUCUCCUCAACCCCCCGAGACUUCUUGGUGUCCAUCAGUGACAGGUACCCAACCAACAAGUGGAUCAAGCUGGGCACCUUCCAUGCUCGGGACGAGCGCACCGUCCAGAGCUUCCCAUUGGAUGAGCAGCUCUACGCCAAGUACAUGAAGAUGUUCAUCAAGUACAUAAAGGUGGAACUGCUGUCCCACUUUGGGUCUGAGCACUUCUGCCCGCUGAGUUUAAUCAGGGUGUUUGGUACCAGUAUGGUUGAGGAGUACGAAGAGAUCGCAGAGCCCCAGUACGCGGAGAGACUGGAGUACCCGGACGAGGAUUACGAUUACCCCCCCGGCUACGUGCCGACCGAAGACAAGGCCUCCAAAAACCUGCUGGGGUCAGCUACCAAUGCCAUCCUGAAUAUGGUCAACAACAUUGCAGCCAAUGUUCUGGGGUCGCGCCCGGAGCUGGAACCGGCGGCCGGAUCUCAGGCGAACUCCUCCAGGGAAGCAGAAAACAUGACGAGCACGUCUGGGGGCUCCGAGCUCCUGCCCACCCCCUCGGCUCUUCCAGGGCUGGAGACCCUGGAGCUGGAAUCCGCUAGUUCUGUGGAGGACCCAGGGGGCACUGCAGAGGGCUCAGGGGGCACUGUGGAGGAGUUGGCCACUCCGGCGCCCCCGGAGGAGAGCCGCAUAGUGACGCUUGUGCUGGAGGAGGAGGAGGAAGAGUUGGAGCACAGCCAGUCCACCGUCACCCUCCUCGGAGCAGAGGAAGAGGAGGAACGAGGGGAGGAUGAGUCAAAGGGGCACAGCUUGGACCCAAGGCAGCUGUCCAGUCUGUCCUGCGCUGGUACCCUGCUGGAGUACCUCCACCGCCGGUGCUCUGCAGCACAUGCACCACGCCGAUUGCACCCAGCGCGUCGGAAAGUGAAGGCAGAUCAGGAUAACGCCCGCACCAGCCCGGUACCAAGCCCUGAACCCGUCCCCACGCCGACCCAGGAGCUCCCCGCAGACCCCGUCCCACAGACGGAGCGCCCCUCGUCCAGGGAGGAGAGUUCCAUUUCCAUGGAGACCACUCCCACAUUGGCCGCUGAAGGAGCCGCAGAUCUCGUCACCGUGACUGAGCUGCUGGAGCCCAGCCACUCCUUGUCGCUGCCUCCGAUCAGCUUUGUGGACUCCGCUGUCCCCACGGUGUCUCCCGCGGAGGACAUCCUCGAGCCGUCGCGGGGUGAUGAACUACACACAGAUCCCCGUCUCCUAGACAUUGUCUCCGAGAUGCAGGACGAGGCGACGAAGGGCCCCCCUUCCGGCGGUGGGAGCCCCAGUUGGUCCAGCGCGGUUCCCACAGCGGACCUGUCUGGGCUCGAGAGCGACUUCAUUAAAGCGGAGCUCCCGCUCCUCCCCAUGGUGGAGCCACCUGCCUCGCCAGCCCUCACGGCCACAAAGCCGCUGGAAAUCAGCCCCCCCACCGAUCUCCUGGGUUCCCCGGCAGAGUCGGAUGCCGACAGGCCAUCCGUGGGUGAACCCCAGAGAACCACCCCACUUGCGUUGCCUCCAGAGACAUCGUUGCUCCCCCCGGAACCAGGGGAGGAGGCUAUCCUGGUGGCCCAGGGUGGGGCCCAACUACAGCGCUCUGCCACCGACUUCUACGCCGAACUGCAGAACUCUUCCGAGCUCAGCUACGGUAACGGCAACCAGGUUCACGGCUCCAACCAGAAGGAGUCUGUCUUUAUGAGACUCAACAAUCGCAUCAAGGCACUAGAGAUGAACAUGUCACUCAGCGGCCGGUACCUGGAGGAACUCAGCCAGAGGUACCGAAAGCAGAUGGAGGAGAUGCAGAGGGCCUUCAACAAGACUAUCAUCAAGCUGCAGAACACCUCCAGGAUCGCGGAGGAGCAGGACCAGCGGCAGACAGAGUCCAUCCAGACUCUGCAGAACCAGCUGGAGAACAUCACACAGCUGGUGCUCAACCUGUCCAUUACAGUUGGCAAGCUUCAGAAAGAGGCAGCAGACCGGCAGAGUUACCUGGCUGUCUCCCUGCUCCUCUGCCUGUCCAUCGGGCUCCUGCUGUGCCUCCAGUGUUGCCGAGGAGCGGCCCCCCCUCCUGCGAGCUCGGGCCCCCCCAUGCCCAAGAUCAACCACUACCCCAGCCCCAAGAGGUGCUUCUCCUCGUAUGAUGACAUGAGUCUGAAGCGGAGAGUCUCCUGCCCUCUCGUGCGCUCAAAGUCCUUCCAGUUCCCAGCUGCAGAAGUGGGUCCCGAUGACUUGUUCAUUGUAGAACCUCUAAGGUUUUCACCUGAAAAAAAGAAGAAACGAUGCAAGAUGAAAGCCGAGAAGGCGGAUGCCUCGAAGCCCUUGGCCCCCGCACCAGCAGCAGCUAAUGGAGGCCCCAAGUGCAACGGUGCCCCCCGCCCCCCCCCGGUAGAGACCUGCGUGUCCUUGUCCAGGGACACCCCCUCUGAAGGCAGCUCGGAGGGCUCCUCCCAUUCAGAGGAACCGCCCGCAUGCGAGAACCAGCCGCCGCCUCCCAGCCGGAUGGAGAGGCGGGCCUUCAAACGGCGGCGCUCACGGAUGUGUGAACGGGGCCGAGGCGUAGCCGAGCUUCUGCCCGCUCUCCACGGCAUCAUGAAAGGCAGCAAGGAGAUGGGCGUGGGCGCGCUGGGGGUCACCGCACUCUCGGGCCAGGUCUGAGCCACACGUCAUCCCCAUCCGGGGAACAGACUGGUACCUAGUGGCACCUUCUGCUGGCAGGGUGCGGAACUGCGGCACGACUCGUCUCUCGGGACCUUGCUCCUGGACACGGUGGCCCUGGACUUCGAAGACCCCUUCCUCUUCAUGUGCCUUUUCUGUCUGUUUUAGAGAUCGAUAGGUCGUUCUUUUUUUUUCCUUACAGAGAGAGCUCUUAUUUAUCGAUAAGAUGAGAAAAAGCUGUGUAUUUUAGUGCAGAGUUUUGUUUUUCUACGGGAUUAGCACAGUGACCAGAUGGUCGAAGCCUCAAGGGGGCGGUGUCCUGUCCCAGACUUUAGAGGGCACUCUGUUUAGUGGGGGCUCGUGGGGGUGUCAGGUCUGUGUGAGGACUGUGCAGUGUCCACCGUCUGCCUCCUUUGCCUUUUUCCGUUCUAGAUGUGGCUUUAACCUUUUGUUUCGUGGGACCAGGAGGUGAUUUCCUUAGGUGUGCCGUAAACUCAGCGGCUGCUCAAGGUGGGUGAAGCUGCUGUGAGUCUCUGCCAAUGCCCCCACCCCACCCUGCAUUCUCAACAUCACAUCACGCCCCCGUAAGUGUUGAGGAUGCCGUGACUCACUCACCCUGCUACAAGUCACGGCUGGCCCCGCAGCCCACAUCCUUGGUGAACGAGUUCUUCCUACUUUCACUACUUAUGGAAUGAGGGAGGUUUUUUCUGACCAAAUGAGAUGUGUUUGAGGGUCCUGUUUUUGGGAAAUAUUUUGUUUUUCUGUCAGACACCAGAAGGUACCUCUGAUGUGAGUUUUAUUUAUGUAUUUAUUUAUUUCACUGUCUGCCAGAUAUAUCUUGCCAUAGUCCCAGAAGGAGGAUCCCCUCAAAGAUCCUUCUUUGUCUCCCCCUGCCUCCCGUGGCAGGUACUGCGACGGCACAUGCCACAUAGUACUCCUUCACAUAUGUGUUCCCUAAAACACAUUUUUAAUCAAUGGACUGUCAGGACGUACAAUACAUGCGUCCCGUUGAUGGAGUAUGGAGCCACCUUUGAAUUUAAACGCUUAUCUGUUAAGUAAAAGGAAAUAGAUUUUAAAGUACAGAUUUAUGAUGACGUGCUGCAUUUGACUUUUCUGGUACAGACGGUGGGAGUGAACUCAAAGUGAAACGGGGAAGUAAGGCGUUUUAUUCUCGCAAAAAGUAACAAAUGAAAAAGAUUUCAUUUGCCGGUGGCAGGACUUGUGUCGAUUUAAGGACGGGAUCCCUUCGUUAAGCACCGUUCAUGACAGUAUGAAACAUGUUUUUCUUCAUUUUAUUUGAGGAAAAUUUUGUGGGCUGGGUUUGAAUGUGACUUCGAGAGUUUUACUAAAUAUUUUCCACGCGUGCCGGGGUUUGUGCGUCCCCUGCAAUGUGUGAGAAUGCUGUGUGUCGCCCUCUUCUGGCAGUUGGAGGGGUCGACGGUCGAUUCGCUCACAUUCUUUAACGUGGUGUUAUUUGUACUUUUUGUUGCUGAUUUUUCUUACGAGCUCAAUGUGCACUUUGUUUCUUAACGAAGCCCCCGAGCACACGCGAGUGCCCUGGCAUCCCCCACCCACCCCAAAGGGCCCCGAGGGGUCUACGGGAACACGCUACUUGUUUUCUGUGCGGACGGGCUGCACAGCACUAGUGGAACUGGAGCACGGGUUGGACUCCCAAGUUGUUUGCCAUUGGAAACUGUGAAUUUCUAAAUAAAUAACACUGACUUUCA